AUGGCAGGAAAUAUCACAGUUCCCUACGUUCCAUUUGACCAGUUCCACUGGUCAAUGUCUCAUGUCGGUCCUUUGCCCUGGAACCAAACCGUCUGGUCCCUCAUAGCAGUCUUUACCGCGCUUCCUCUUUGGAUAACCAUCGAAUUGACAAUAUGCGUCUUUUACCUCUUCCGUCGCUGGUCAGGACUGUACUUUUGGUCGGUCCUGAUCACCACCUGGGGAGUCACUCUACACGCCAUCGGAUUCGUGUUAAAAGUGUGCGUGCCGAGCUGCAACUAUAUAUUUAGCAUGGUGGUCGCCGAACUGGGCUGGAUGGGGAUGGUGACGGGGUUCGCAAUGGUGAUGUAUUCGCGACUCAGCCUCAUUGGCUUCGUGAUGCGGAAUCGAUACAUUUUGCGACUUGCUCUCGCCAUGAUCAUUAUUAAUGCCAUUGUGUUGCAUACCUCGACGAUCACGAUUUUCGCCAUCGGCAUAGAGGAGCCCGGUCCCAAGUACCUCUCGUAUAUGAACAGCAUCGAACGCAUUCAGAUCGUCAUCUUUACUGUGCAAGAAGUCAUCCUCAGUACGAUAUACAUCUACGGUACAUUCAAAAUGGCCCAGGACUCGUUCAACAAGCGGAUUCGUGCGACCAUAUCCUAUCUCAUCGUCAUCCAGGUCGUUUCCAUUUUGCUGGAUGUCUUGAUCGUCGUGCUCGAUUUCCUGGACUACUACAUUCUCAAAUCCUUCGUCCACUCGUUUGUGUACGCUCUGAAACUACAGCUUGAGUUUGCCAUUCUGAACGAGUUUCGCGAGGUCCUUGCGAAGAUGGCACCGCAGUCGAAUAGUUAUGAUCUUGAUCAAGAGGCGUUUCGAAUAAUGGAUUCUAACACAAUUAAAUAA